CUGUAUAUCGGGUUGCAUAAAGACCACUACCAUCUCUUCACCCUAACAACCGUUCAACCCUGCUCGUUUUCUGAUUGUCUUUCUACCAUGUCGUCGUUAACGUUCAGCUCUACCUGUCACUCUUCUGACCAGGCUGAUCUCCAAAUCGACCAGCGUCUCAUCCAUGCUCUACCACCACCGGAUCGUCCAAGUCCGCUCACAGCCGUCUGUCCACGGCCGAUACCCAAUUCAUACUGGGCCACCCCCUUGCUCUUAGCUUGCGAGUACCCUUGGACACCAAAGAACCCCUACAGGCCCAAGCUCGACUCCUUGCUAAAGGCUGGCGUGCGGACCUUCAUCGACCUCACGGAGAAUGGCGAGUUGUCUCCGUAUGCGAAUGUGCUGUGUGGACGGGCGACUAUAUUGGGUAUUGAUACCGCGACUAUUGAAUACCAUCGUUUCCCCAUACGAGACAGGUCCCUUCCGGAGAGCGUGGACUACAUGUACCGUGUGCUGGAUGUCAUUAGGGAUAAUGAGGACCGUGGCCGAAUUAGUGCGGUUCAUUGUCGUGGUGGCAUAGGAAGGACCGGUAUGGUGAUUGGGUGCUGGCUUGUUCAGAGCGGACUGGCUAGGGAUGGCGACGAGGCGCUGCAGAUCAUCGCCAGGGAGUGGUGCACCGUCGAAAAAUGCACCAGGUUUCCACACAGUCCGGAAACUGGAGCCCAGUUCGAGUUUGUGAAGAACUUUAGGGCAGCGACGGUGCACGCGGCUGCAUAGAGAGCCAGUCGCGCGGAGGACUUUAUUUACUUGGGCUUCUACGGUGUGGGCUAUCAUCUACUUUGGGGUUCCAAGCUUAUAUCUUUCUGUUUGGACAUAUACUGUAUUCAUCGCACUGUACAUAUACACAUUCACAUCGUCUCUAAUUUUCCUAUCAUGUAUUGCGCUGAGCGUAGAGGUAGACAAAGUAGACCUAUUUAACGGACUUGUUGGGCGAAAUAUGAAUCGUGACCGUUACAUUAGUUCAUGACGUAAACGAGGCACGUCAACGGUAUAUAC